AACUUUAAUUAUUCUGGAAAUAAUUAAUCUGAGUUCAUAACAUGUGUUUACUUAAUCGUUUGGAACACGAUAGUGUAAACGUUCCAAAUAUUCUGUAAUGUAGUAGCUGCAACUUGACUAGAAUGAAAUUAUUUUUAACAAAACUCGCUAUAGUAUUAUGUACACUAGAAACGUUGGCACAGCUGAUUAGAUGUUUAGAACUGGUAGAAUUUACAGAAAAAACUUCCACACCGAAAGGGGGCACGAAGAAAUAUCGUAAGCUACCGGUGAAGUAUGAAGAGUACAAACCAGCACAUGUGGUAGUGAAGCCAAUUCGACGGUACUGGUUACUGAACGACAACAACCAGUACACGAAGAGUGGGCCGGUGCAGCAGCGGGUGUACGAGGACGAGAAAGACUCAAACAUUAAACAGAAGAUAGCAAUGCUUGUGGAGCAAACGAUGCAAGACGCACACAGGAAGAUGAAACUGGUAGAAGAACUGAAAGACGAACAUCGAGAGGAAGCUCCUUACAAAGCUGGUUUUAUUCUCAGUAUGGUCAAAAAGUCUAAGGACGUUCUGGACGAGUUGUUCAAUGUGGCCGUUAAACACAAGGACGAGUGGAUGGCUCUGGAACAGCUGAAGAUCUUCGAACUGAUCGUACAUACUAACGUCGACACCACGAACCUCCUGAGGCAGCUGGUGGACGUACAUGUGAAGUACAUGAACGCUACGAGGGAUAAAAAGAAUGUCAUAUUAAUUUAAAUGAAGCUUGUAGGUAAAUGCUGUGGAGCUAGCUCAAUAUUAAACGAUAUUUAUCACCCUAUAGGUAACAAUAAACUUUGGUCAACUAUUGCA